AUGCAAGCUUAUGGUAGAAUGAAGAGAGUAACUGACCCGCUUGACGACAAAGUGAAGGCUCGGAUCAUUGGGCGUGACCAGCAGGAACUCGGUUACCUCAGCAGCGGAAGCGAACACAGCGCCCACGCCGAUGAUGAUGCUUCCUGUAGCUUUUCUACUCUCAUAUUUGGUUUGCCUGAUGAUGUGGCGGCCGAAAAUAUGUCGUCGGAGAAUGAUUCAGACUCCGACGACGGAGAUGUGUCAAUGUACGAGUCGACGGACGUGAUUGAAGAUUUGCCAAAGCCAGUGUUUUAUAGCGAUCUGGAUUUGUUUCGUAAUUCGCUGGCGACUAAGAUUACUAAGGCACUGGAAAUGUUUUCCUUUUCGAAAUCGAAUAAGCCAAUCCUGAGGCGAAAUGUAAUGACCUAUCUUAGGGAUUUUGGUUAUAAUGCCGCUAUAUGCAAGACGAAAUGGGAGAGUUCCGGUGGACUUAAGGCCGGAAACUACGAGUUCCUUGAUGUGAUCCGAUCGGAUUCCGGUAACCGGAUCACUCGUUACUUUAUCGACCUCGAUUUUGCGGCGGAGUUCGAGAUAGCAAGGCCUACGAAUCACUACGAGCGUUUAUCGCAAUCGUUGCCGAGGGUUUUCGUAGGUAAAAGCGAAGAGUUAAAGAAGAUGUUGAAGGUAAUGAGCGACGCCGGUAGGCGUUCGCUGAAAAGCAAAGACCUCAGUAUUCCUCCGUGGAGAAAACACCGGUUCAUGCAGAAUAAGUGGUUAGGUGCUUACAAACGGACAACCAACGUUCUCCCGUCGGCAAACUCAUCGGCGUUGUUGUCGCCGUCGAAGCAGACUAACGUCGCUAAGUGCCGGUCCGUUGGGUUUAGCGCUGUCGCCGUUAACGGCCGUUUACUCUUUCCCGCGGCAACCCGUACAAGAUGA